AUGAAGGCUCUCACAAUUGCCCCGGGAGAUACAGUUGUUGUUGUCGAACUGCCUAUUCCAGAGCCCGGUCCUAACGAAAUAAGGGUCAAGGUUCAUUCUGUUGCACUGAACCUCGUCGACGCGCUCUACGUUGCACAUCCUGCAGACAAAGCGUUUGGUUGUGUCGUAGGGAGCGAUAUUGCCGGUAUUGUUGACAAAGUUGGAUCAGAUACCAUCCAAUGGCGUGUUGGUGAUAAAGUAACGGGACUUCUCCAGGGAGCGACGUCCGGGAAUAUUCGGCCUGGAGGGUUCGCGCAAUACGUUAUUCUCGAAGUCGAUUUGGCUAUCCGUAUUCCUAGUACUGUCUCUUACGACGAAGCUGCAACAUUGCCUCUGGGCUCAUUGACAGCCGCACAAGCUUUGUUUAUUCGUCUCAGAAUCAAUGCGCCAUUUCCAAGUCCCUUCUCAUUCCCUCCUGAAGCUACCCCUGCUCCUUCAAUCUUAAUCUCUUCUGCAGCAACGUCUAUCGGUUUCUAUGCAAUCGAGCUGAUCAAGCUAUUGCACUCUGCGGGUGCGCAGACCUAUCGUGUAUUCGCUACAGCCAGCCCGAGGAAUCACGCCAAGCUGCUUUCACUUGGUGUUGAAGCCGUAUUUGAAUACCGCUCUCCUACACAGGUUGAUCAUGUUCGAAACGUUUCUGGGGGAAUCACGCAUGCCUUCGACUGUCUAUCAGAGGAUGACACCACCGCACACAUAUCCCAGACGUUUAGGGAAGGUGGCGGAACGAUCGCUGUCAUUCGAAAGGCAGCGUGGAACAAGGAUGGCAUUCGAGCAGAUGUGACACCUCUGUAUGGCGCUGCAUGGUCAGGACUAGGUCACGAGAUUCUCUACAAUGGGGAGACUCUCCCGGAAUCUCCUGAAUGGCGAGCGUUCACUGUUACCUUCUUUUCUUUUCUGGGAAGAGAUGGGAAGAACUUGCUCAUCCAGCCCAACCCUGUUCGUGUUAUGCCGGGUGGACUGGAGAGUAUAGUUACCAAAGGCUUCGCUCUUUUGGGAUCCAGAAAGGUUGCAGAUAGAGAAAAGAACGCUGUUCAAAGCAGUUCAAAGCCCUGGAUGAAGCCGAUAUCGGGAGAGAAGCUGAUUUACCAUCUCACUUCAUAA